AUGGAAUCAGGAAACCCCUCUCAGGAUUCAAAUUCUACACAGAAAAUAGAAGGAACUGCAUUCAGGCAUACUGCACCAGGAAGUGCCAAGAAGAUUGAAUUGAAGAGCCAAAAAACAGAGAAUUCAGUACCUCCAAAACAGCAAAAAAUGAUGGAAACUGUCAUUGUGCCAAAAACACAGGGAAAGGAGCUGAUGUAUGUUGCAGAUGAAAAGAUCAUCCAAAAGGCUAGCUCUGAGGUGGCUACGAAAAAUGGAAAAACACUAUGGAGGGAGUUGAAUGAAAUAAAAGCAUCCAAAGGAUUAGAGAAGGGCACCCUCAAAGUAGAGAAGCAGCAGAGUAAUGCAGAUAAAACGAACCUCAAUAGAGAAAGUGGAAAGGAUGCUCAGGCCAAUGGAAGAAAACAGGUUGAGGCAACUAACAGAGAAAAGAAGGUCACAGUAAAGGGAAGAACCAAUGAUUUGCUUCUAAAUAACAUGCUAUCCCAGCUGGAACAGGCUCACGAAAGAUCAGAAGUUGACUCUUCAUUGCAGGAAGAAAAAGAAGGCAAUGGAAAUCUUAUCCAAUCAGUAAAGAAACACACAAACAAGAAGGAUGCAACUAAUCAAAAGAAGUCCCAGAAUCACCUUGGAAUUCAAAAGCCUUAUGCGCUCUUAAAAUAUCGGCCACAAGAAGAACAACAGCACAGAGAAAAGCAGCUCCAGCAUCGUGAAAAGCAUAUCUUAGAGGCAAGACUACAAAAAGGGGGCGAAGCAGCUUUGAAAAAUUCAUCAAAACCCUCACAUGACCUGACCAAUUCCCCGAAGAAGCAAGGUUUCCGAGAUGGCAACUACAAUGAUCUAAAUCAUGACGAAACUUCCAUCGAGUUCAGUGCGAAAGUGAAACAAGUGAACAAUAGGAAGCCAGGUCAAAUUACCUCUCCAAGAAACCAACAAUGUGAACCAGUUACAGGAAAGAAUGGCGUCACAACAAUGACGGAUCAAAAAAGUGUUCAUAAACUAACGAACGAGAAGGAAGCCAAGCAAGAAAGGGUCAGCAUUUUGAAAGAAGCAGAUGCACGCAUCAUUAGCUCCAACGACUUAAUUUCUAUCAUUGAACCAUUGGAUGUGAUACAACAACCACAUCCAGAAGCAGAACUCUCUCCUACAUUGUACGCUUCUCAUGGUGGGAAAGUUCAAAGCCUACAAGAAUCAGUAGAUUUGGUUCCCAUAAUUUGGUAA